AUGCCGCUCCUCAUCAUCCUCCUCCUGGUCACUGCCUUGCGAUCAACUCUCAUCCAAGCUGACUGCUCGACUGGUCUGAAAGUGUGCGGUCCAAGCUGCAUUAACGCUGGUGAGACCUGUUGUGAAUCCGAAGGAAUCUUUUCGGUUUGCUCUGGUGUUGCGACCGAUUCUAUGCCGAUCACUGGGACCACCAUCACCACUGCCACUCUCACCCUUACGGCAUCUCUCGAGACCGUUGUUGAUGGCCCCGGGCAAAUCGCACCAAGCGCUUCUCCUGUCGACUCAUCGUCAGCUGCGAACACCCCUGAGGCGACCAGUGUCUGGACCAUUCCUCCGGGCACCUCCUCAACCGACUCGUCGACAAGCAGCAUACAAAGCGACAUCCAAAGUAGCACUCAACGCAGCUCGUCAAAAUCGACCAGUCAAAGCAGCAAUACAACCCCAGCACACUCGACGUCAGCCUCAACCACAAACUCCGUAAUGAGUGAUGCAGCAGCAACAUCGGACACGAAGACCGCUGCUGACAGCCAAGCCACUCACCUGACAUCAGGCGGUCUCAGCGUAGGAACGAAGGCCGGCAUCGGCGUUGGAGCUGCCGUCGGUAUCAUUGCUUUGCUCCUGCUGUCGUACUGCUUUGGGCGACGGCAUCGCAAGGGCGAUCGCGUUGACGACGUGACUGAAGCUGCUCCCUCGUUACCGGCUUACAACGAGAAGGCCGCGGACAUACGCUCCGAUAUGGCGGAGUUGGAAGGAGAGGCCAUUUGCGAACAAUGGUCGGAGCUUGACUCGAGGACUGCACAACGGUAUGAGCUCGACAAUGAGGCUCGUUCGGCGGAGGCGAGAGCGGAAGCAUCUACGAGGUGA